AUGCCACGGAAGGGUGGCAAAUCCACUCAGCGUGGAAAGCCCAGGCUUUUGUCAACAGAGUUCGGACAGCUCGAAACUACCCCGACGUCCCGUCACCUCCAAUCUCCCGAGGAGCACCAUAAACAGACGCCAGUCUCCAAAUCGCAAGGUCGGAAUAACAGUGAUCAAACCGCGCGGGUCAAAGGUUCGACUACAAACCAGAAGCAACAGUUGAGUUUCGUCGAUGAAUUCGAUGAUGGAGUAGACGAUGUUGAUCUGAUCAAUUUGGACCCCUUCGAAGAGCCGAAAACACAACCUGCACCUGCCAACGACUUUUCAUGGUCCGAAACUGGAUCCUUGACUCGCCGGAGCUCACCACUUCGCGGCAGCGAGGCAUCCAAGGAUAUUUGGCAGUUUGAUAACCAAGGAUCGCUGAUUGAUGCAUUCUCUAGCCCAAAGUCUGGGCAGGGAGACCUCCCCAAAACUCAGCCACUCACACAAAGCCUCAACGCCCAUCUGGAAGAGUUACCAAACGAAGCUGUCGUUGUAGUGGAUUUCUCAGAAACGGCUUCUACAGGGCGACGGAGCUCGCCGUUCGCUUCUCAAAUCGCAACCGAGGAAUCGUGGGAACUACUCAGUAACAAGCCCCUACUUUCUAGCACCAUUCUCGACUCUCUGCAACUGCCCGAAAUGCCACGUUAUCUACCAGAGAAACCAAUUGAACACCUGCCAGCGGAUGAGCUCUACGAUGCCACCCCUCCUAGGUCGAGUGCACAGCGUCCAGUCGCUCCUCCGCCGCAACGCUCCCAGGCUCCCCGAGAAAAUGUCAAGCAUGAUCAGGGUUCGGCACCAUCGCAGACGAAGAGCAAGAAGCCAGCCCAAACCCCGCACCCAAAGAAGGGUUUGGCCAAGUACAUCGAAGAUACAGACUUUGUGAGCGAUGAAGUAGUAUCCAUUUCAUCACCCGAUGACCCAGAGCCCCGCGAAACUCAUCGAAAGGGAGACAAGACGAGUACUAUCCAAGAAAAGCGACCAACCGAGGACAAGCAGGCCACCCCCCAAGCGCAAGAUGACCAAGCAGCAGGACAAGGUCAGAAGGGGAAGAAGCGAAAGCAACGUGCGAAGACGCCGAUUCAGUUUGACAAGGACACUCAAGCGAUCAAGGAAACCCCCCAACCGAAGAAGAAUGGCGACCCCCCAGUGAGAAUGACCCUCGUGAACGCCAUGAAACAGGCAAGCAUUGCCUCAAGCUCCCCGGCUCUCAGUGCAAGAAAGAAGGCGGCACCCAAGGCUACCCGGAAAGCUGCACCAAAGUCUACCCCAAAACCUGCGCCCAAGCCGGUUAAGAGGAAGGCACAACCCAGAAAGAAACGCAAAAUAUUUGUCGAGGAGGAGUACGAAGAUGCCUCUGUCAUCGUCGUCGACACAACCGAAUUCACUGAACCCAAGCCUGCCAUCAACACGAGGGCGAGGACAGCAGCCCAGUCAAAGACCAAAGCUGCACGAGGGGAGCAGGGCUCAGAGAUUAACGCAGGCUCUCAAGGGUUAUCUCAUGACCCGAUCGUGGUAGCAAGCGACCCGGCCAGUUCAUCGAUAUCAGAAUACGAGUCUAAACGGACAGAGCCGCCGAGGCCAUCGCAAGGAAUUCGAACUGCAGCACAAAAUUCGAUGGCAGGAACCGAUGCGCCUCCCAUGGCGACACCAAACACUUCUCUGGAACAUGGUAUAGACCAGCAGGUGGCAGUGUUACCACAGGAGCCCCUCUCGUCUGCCGCUUCCCAGCCUUCUAACGCACUCAAGGCGAAGGAAGCUAUCGUCGAUACAACGUCAAUGAAUGCAGCUGCACCGAAAGAGCCUGCAGAAGAACCCACCAAUAUUCGCAAGCGAAGUCGCGAAACCAAUGUCAACGCUCCCCAAGCUCUCUCUCAUCGUGACCCCAACAUCCCUGUGAAAGGUGCUCUCCGUACUACCCGGGGAGCAGGUAUCUCGAAGGAGACUUCUACAAGAGUUAACAAGGCAGGUUUUGUUCAACGCCGCAAGAGUAGCAAAAUGUCACGGAGUUUCAGUAUCAGCAGCGAUCUACAGCAACGAUACAUCUCAGGUUUGGCAGUGGCAGAGCCAAACUACGACAAGACCAGAAUUGAGCUCAAAGCACGCCCACGAAACGAACAGAGAGAGCAAGAGAGCGAUCUUCUUCCUGUCCUCACUGCGCUCAACAAGAACCUGGAGAGCCAGAUCUUUGAGUCUCUGCAAGGGCAGGACGAGGCAACCGUGGUGGUGGAUGAAGGGAAGCGGACUAAGACUACGGAGAAGGGCAAUGAAGUUGCCGAGCAAACACACUCCGAGAAACCGACAGACGAAGUGGCGGGGAAACUCCACGCGCUGGUUGAGACAAUGUUGAGUCACCUGGCAACCAAGGAAGCGACCAUUUACCGCGGGGCGGAUGCCUAUCGCAAGGGCGGGAUCGAUUGCGUGGACAAGAUUGAACGAAAGUACAGCCAAGAACGGAAUGCGCUGGCCGAUGCGUGUAAGAAGGAUGGUGAUAGGUUCGCUCGGCGAGUUCGCGAAGCGAGAGAAACCGUUGAGGACGGCGAAAAGGCGCGGGGGAAGGCGAUGCACCAGCUGGAGCAAGCGGCGACAAAGCGACGUCAGCUAUACCAGCAAGCGAGCACUGGCUUGCGGGCCCUUCACGGCCGACUCUUGAAGCGAAAGAUGGUGGAGGAUGAGGGCAUUUAG